AGAUGACUCUUCACUCCGAUCCAUCCUCAACAUGUAGAGCACACUAUUAAGUGUCCAAAUGUAGGCAAUAUAGAAACUAUGUAGUGUCUGCAUUUAUGGCGUUGAUGAUUCCAAUUCCAAUUCCAUUCUUGUCUUCUUUCUUUUCUCUUGCUCUCCGGGGUUUGCCCCUGAGGUUCGUUAUUCCCUCAUCCCCCUGCUCUUCCUCCUCCUACCCCUACGGAUAGUCUACUUGAACUACUAGGUGCUGUGGCACAGUACUCAGGAUUUAGUACCUACUAGUCGUAUAGUAGUAUACGUUGCGACUACCUGCCAUGGCCCCCUGCAAGCCCCGGACCUUCACUGCGGGCGAAGACCCGCUGACCAAGUUCGAUGGAGCCAUCUCCGUCGCCACGAUGCCUCGCCCGGCAGAUCGUCAAUUCCUCUUCCAUGGCAUCAUGCGGCCCAGUCGUGGCAUCUACGCCAAGCUCGUUGCGACCGGGAAGAAGCCCCCAACCCACUUCCAUCCCUCGCAGUGGGAAUUCUUCCGUGUCCUUCGAGGUAACCUCACCAUUGACAUUAAUGGCGUUCCCGUGCACCGCACCGUCGACGAUGGGGAGAUGGCAGUACCCCCAUAUACCCAUCAUGUCAUUUAUGGUACCCCUGGCACGGAGAUGAAUGAAGUGGAGUUCCUCGUCAGUGCUACCGAUGAGGAAGAGGGGGCCACGGCCAUGGAUCAAGAAUUCUUCGAAAAUUGGUAUGGGUAUCAAGAGGACAUCUUCCAGCGGGGGGAGAAGAUCGACUUGAUUCAAGUGCUAGCGAUGUUCGAUGCCGGAGGUACAUAUCUGUCCCCGCCGUGGUGGGUUCCCUUUCGCGCCUGGGUUGGCCUAAUCCUGGGCAUCGUGAUCGGCCGAUGGAUUGGUGGACUACUGGGCUAUGCCCCCUUUUACCCUGAAUGGACGACCAAUUGGGACGCGGCCUGUGAUAAAAUGGAACAAAGUUGGUUCCAGCGUCGAUAUGCCGAUCGGGGAGCACAGCAGCGAGCACGAGAGAAGUUUCAGGUGCAAAAGGGGCAGGCAACCGUGGCCAAAGGCGAAAAGUCGGAGUAGAAGAGAAUACGGAGUACAUUGACCUUUAUUAUCCCUUGAUACUAUCGAAGGAAGAGAAUAAAUACUACUCCUUCUGAAUGUGCAUAGGGUUAUGUAUAUGCUAAAACACAGGUUAUCACUAGCAUGCAUCGAAUCUGAC